CAUAGCUUCCUCCUUUUACCUUUUUCCUCUCUCUCCUUAGCCUCUCAUCCAUCAUUGAGUCUCAGUCAAAACUCUCUCAGUCAUACAACAUACACAAAAGAGAAGAAAGAGAAGAAGACAACUCCCCCAGGCCCCAAUUACACAAACAAAACGUCACAGGCAAACCACCAGUCCAAAUAAACGAAACACCAAAGCCAUAAAAACGACUCUACUCUGGCUGGCCCUGUCUGAUUCAAUUUUGAGUUUUUGAGGGUCGAAAUUUGGAAAGAUGAAGGAGAGCAGUGAUGGGUUUGUGAGGGCAGAUCAGAUUGAUCUGAAGAGCUUGGAUGAACAGCUGGAGAGGCACCUCAACAGGGUCUUGACUUUGGAGAAGAGCAAGAUCAUGAGAGACCCAGAAACCAACAGCAACAGCAUCAACCUCUCCACCUCCAAUUCCACCACCUCCACUUCUGCCAUGACCCUCUCCAUUCCCAAGCGCCACAGGCAGGACUGGGAGAUCGACCCCGCCAAGCUCAUCAUCAAAUCCGUCAUUGCACGUGGCACCUUCGGCACCGUCCACCGUGGCAUGUACGACGGUCAGGAUGUCGCCGUUAAAUUACUUGACUGGGGUGAAGAGGGUCACAGGACAGAAGCUGAGAUUUCUUCUCUAAGGGCAGCUUUUACUCAAGAAGUUGCUGUCUGGCAUAAACUAGAUCAUCCUAAUGUUACUAAGUUUAUAGGGGCGACAAUGGGUUCAUCAGAACUACAAAUACAGACUGAAAAUGGUCAAAUUGGCAUGCCGAGUAAUAUCUGUUGUGUCGUCGUGGAAUAUCUUCCUGGGGGUGCUCUGAAAUCGUACCUCAUUAAGAAUAGGAGAAAGAAGUUGGCUUUUAAGGUCGUUGUCCAGCUGGCACUAGAUCUUGCUAGAGGGUUGAGCUACCUACACUCACAGAAGAUUGUUCACAGAGAUGUAAAGACAGAGAACAUGCUGCUGGAUAAGACACGUGUAGUCAAGAUUGCAGAUUUUGGGGUUGCUCGUGUUGAAGCUUCAAAUCCUAAUGACAUGACUGGGGAGACUGGCACACUUGGUUACAUGGCUCCUGAGGUUCUCAAUGGCAACCCAUAUAACAGGAAAUGUGAUGUGUACAGCUUUGGCAUCUGUCUAUGGGAGAUAUAUUGCUGUGACAUGCCAUAUCCUGACCUUAGCUUCUCGGAAGUGACUUCAGCUGUGGUUCGCCAGAAUUUGAGACCAGAGAUACCAAGAUGUUGUCCAAGUUCCCUAGCAAAUGUAAUGAAGCGAUGCUGGGAUGCCAACCCAGACAAGCGGCCAGAGAUGGAUGAGGUAGUCUCAAUGUUGGAGGCUAUCGACACGUCGAAAGGCGGAGGUAUGAUCCCUCAAGAUCAGUCUCAGGGUUGUUUUUGCUUUCGCAAGAUUAGAGGGCCUUGAAGAUUUAUUCAUUAAAAGAACAACUGGGAUGAUUGUUUUUAAGAUCAAAGAGUCCAAUUUGUACUUAUGAUAGCAACAGACAAAAAGAAUUUGAGAUAUCAAAAGAAGAUGAACAGAAGGUGGUUGGGGUAUACAUUUGAUGAGCAAUGCUAUUUCUCAUUUUGUUUGAGGAUGUAAAGCUUUUAUUUAUUAUUGUUCCUUUUUUUUCUCUUCCCUUAAAUGAAUGUGUAUUUAUUUGACUUGCUGGCACCACCAGCUCCUUGUAAGAUCCAUUAUAUACUAGUAUUAUUGUUAUGAUUAA